AUGCUAUUCGGACUCUAAAAGAUGGACCCAUGAUCGAUGCCGAAGGAAGGGAAUAUAAAUCUGCACCAUUAAGAACUGAUGGAGAAAACAUCAGGGGGCCACAGCUCAAUGACGGAUCCACUGUGCAUGUACAGUGCACAGAAACGUCCAUGAUCAUUGUGGUAAAGCCUGACCUGUAUAAAAACGGACGUCUUGUGUCUCCUGACGAGCUUUUUUUGGGAGAAGCUGAGCAUUCACAGAGCAGUCAGUGCAGAGCUGUGGCUGCUGGUGACACUGAAUAUGUCAUUGAAGCUGGACUGCAAGACUGUGGCUCCAAAUUAACAAUAUCUGAGGAUUCUGUUAGCUACUCAAACAAGCUGAUAGUCUCACCAGCUGCCAGCUACCAUGGCAUUACAAGGACGACCCAUGCUGUGGUUCCUGUUUCCUGUCACUAUAAAAGGACACACUUUGUGAGCAGCAAUGCUCAGCAGCCGCCCCUGACGCUCUCUGCUUCCGCCAAGCAUUCAACAGGGAGCUCUACUUUCUCACUGCAGCUGAUGACCGAUGACUGGACGAACGAGGAGUCCUCAAGUGUCUUCUACCUCGGAGACCUCCUGCACCUCCAGGCCUCCUACACCGGUCCUGGUUCAGGGCAAAGACGACUCUUCAUCGACAGCUGCGUUGCCACUCUGUCACCUGACAGAACAUCAGUCCCCAGAUACUACUUCAUUGAAAACCAUGGGUGCCUCACUUAUGCAAAAGAGGGAGGAUCAGACUCACUGUUCCAACCCAGAACGAAGGCUCACUCACUUCAGCUACAGCUUAAUGCUUUCCUGUUUCACCAGGAUUCGAGGAACUCUAUAUUCAUCACUUGCCAGCUGAAAGCUACAUCUGAAAUGUGGGAGAGCAGCCCCAAAAACAAGGCCUGCAAUUAUGUACAUUCAAGAUGGAAAAAUGUGGAUGGGAGUAAUAAUGUGUGUCGAUGUUGUGAGAGCACCGGUUACAAAAGAUGCCCUAAAUGGAACAAUAAGACUAAUCUGAGACGUCCUGAAGAUAUCGUGGCUUGUGGCACUGUAACGCUUGGCCCGUUGAUGAUUUACCCCAGCAAGUAGACAGAGAAUCUGGACAAUAAACAGAACAUUUCAUUAUGUCAUUUUAAUUUUCUUGCCAUGGCAAAAUUAAAAUCAACAGUAUGACUUGACAGA